UAGUACAAAAGAUACCACCAGCUCCUCAGCUAAUAUUUUGUUUCGCAUACUUGCUUCGGAAUUGUAUUUUUUUAGGCUUAACAGUUUAUGGUCACACAACAUUGACUUCACUCGUUCGCUCUUAUCUGGAUCAAAAAAAGGGGGCCAUCAACUACGUUUGUGCAAUAAAACCUGUUCUAAGCUGAACCAGUCAUGUCCUCAUCUGACAGAAAACUGCGCUUCGAUAAUCGCGUGGCGGUGGUAACUGGAGCCGGCGCUGGAUUAGGGCGUGAAUACGCUCUUUUACUGGCUGAACGCGGCGCCAAGGUUGUAGUUAACGACUUGGGAGGAUCCCACUCAGGGGAAGGUGCUUCCCAACGCGCUGCCGAUAUCGUGGUCGAGGAGAUCCGACGUGCUGGAGGAGAGGCGGUUGCCGACUAUAAUUCGGUUAUUGAUGGGGCAAUGGUCAUCGAAACAGCCCUAAAGGCAUUUGGCCGCGUCGAUAUUUUGAUCAAUAAUGCCGGCAUCCUCCGUGAUCGUAGCCUGGCUAAGACCAGUGAGCAAGACUGGAACCUGGUGAACGAUGUUCACUUAAAGGGUAGCUUCAAGUGCACUCAAGCCGCGUUCCCGCACAUGAAGGCUCAGAGGUAUGGUCGCAUCAUCAUGACUUCAUCUAAUUCUGGCAUUUACGGGAACUUUGGCCAGGCCAAUUAUUCAGCGGCCAAGAUGGGUCUCGUCGGCCUGGCCAAUACAGUGGCCAUUGAAGGCGCUCGGAACAACGUUUUGUGUAAUGUGAUCAUCCCUACGGCGGCCAGUCGCAUGACUGAGGGUAUUCUUCCAGACAUACUUUUCAACGAACUAAAACCUAAACUUAUCGCUCCAGUUGUGGCUUAUUUGUGUCAUGAGUCCUGCCAGGAUAAUGGAAGCUAUAUUGAGAGUGCCGCCGGUUGGGCCACGAAAGUACACACUGUGCGAGGAAAAGGAGCCGUUCUACGCCCCUCGCUGAUAGACACCGUAACCCCAGAGUACGUUAAAAAUGUCUGGUCUAAUGUGACGGAUAUGUCCAAGGCUAAACACUUAAACGCCAUCGGAGAGGCUUCCGGUUACCUCCUGGAAGUGCUCGAGAAGAUGAAGGAAGGCGACACAAUAGAGGACUACUUUGAAUUUGACAACAAGCAGCUCAUCUUGUACGCACUUGGCAUCGGUGCAUCAGUGAAAAACACUGAAGAAAUGCGAUUCCUUUACGAAAAUGAUUCGAAUUUCGCACCCAUUCCAUCUUUUUUCGUUCUACCUGGCUUAUUACUCCAAAUGUCCUCCGAUAAACUGAUCAGCAAAGCCCUACCCGGCAAGCAAGUGGACUUUUCAAACAUUUUGCACGGCGAGCAGUACCUUGAAAUCGUCGACGAAUUGCCUACCAGCGGCACUCUGCUCACAACUGGCAAAGUGUUUGACGUAAUGGAUAAGGGCUCCGGAGCCGUGGUCGUCACGAACACCGAAUCCUUUGAUGAAAAUGGUCGAUUGCUGGUUCGCAACCAGAGCAGCACCUUUGUCGUCGGUGCUGGAAAAUUUGGAGGCAAAAAGGAUCCGAUUGCUGGAGUUUUCCCAUUGCAGCCAAAUCCCAAAGGCGAGCCAGACGCUUUUGUACAGUAUGUCACAAACUAUGAUCAAGCCGUACUCUAUCGCCUUUCUGGCGACCGAAACCCACUGCACAUCGAUCCCCAAAUGGCUCUUUUGGCUGGAUUUAAGACACCUAUUUUGCACGGACUAUGCACUUUGGGCUACUCUGUGCGCGCUGUACUUUCCCAGUAUGCAGAAAAUAAUCCAACUCUUUUUAAGGCUGUAAAAGUUCGCUUUUCGGGACCCGUACUCCCAGGCCAGACUUUGCGAGUGGACAUGUGGCUAAGGGGCACAAGAGUCCACUUCCGCACUGUCGUCGUUGAAACAGGCAAAGAGGUUAUCUCGGGCGCCUACUUGGAUCUUAAAAGCACUAAAGCCAAACUAUAAGCGCAUCUUAGGGUCUUCAGACUAUGAAGUACCUCAACAUGAGGAAUUAACUUUGUACAGCUGUUACGAUUUGGUAAUCAAAUUUUAUUUGAAAACUGUGCAAUAGCUACGGUGGUAGUUUAGUUUUACUGUAUAUUUUUAUAUUCAUCAAUAAAUAUUUCCACAAAAUUAA